AUGGAUAAGAUCACGUUAAAUGAAGCGUUUGAAGUUGUUCAGGUAUGUUUUUGUGAAUCUUGUUAUUGUUUUUGUUUUAUUUGAAAGGAAAGGGUUUUUUAGAUAAAGAAAACCUUGUAAAUUAUGUUUUUUUGGGGUUGUUUGAUGUUUAAAGAAUUGAAAUACAAAAUUCAGUUUAAUACUGAAGUAAUGGUUUAGGCAUUGGACGACACGCCAGUUUAUGACGAUCAGCCCACAAUCGAGGCGAAUUCUGCACAAGUACAUGUGCAAGCUCGAUUUGAUACUAAUUUUCAAGAUCGGGAAGCAUUUGUGACUGGUGUAUCAAAGUAUAUUGAGGAAGCAACACGUCAUGGAGACUUUGUAAGAGUGAACAUUUUUUCUAUUUUUAGGUAACAGCAUCUUGAACAAACCUUUGAUUUGUGUUUUAUGGGACCGCCGUGAUACUUGCGUAUUUUAAAAAUUCUUUUAAUACUUUUUUAGCUUCAGAAUAUAGAAAAGGUUAUUCAAAAAGGAUAUGAAUACGAACUUUACAUUAUUAUAGAACAACAUGUUGGCUGAAGGCUUCAGACACGCGGGAAACUUGUACACUUGGAGGUGCAUUUCAAGAGCAGUACCUUCAGUUCAAUCCAAUGAUGAUCCAGAUCGGAAUCCUAUCAAUCAACGAGUUUGUCAGGUGUUAGGGCCUCAAAUCGACCGACUAUUUGAAUUUAUGGAAUUUGCUGUAAGUUGAUGCCGGGAAUAAGAGAAAAUUUUAUUUAAUUUUAAAAAUUUAGAAGGUUGGGAUAAUAACAAUUAUAAAGAAACUUAUUUUGCUGGUUUCGACAAUGUCUUGGGGGUGUUAAGCUAUUAGAUAUUACGUUACAUUAAGAUUUAGGUAUCAAAUAGCUGUGAAUGUUUGUAAAUUUUAAAAGGUUUAUAGUGAAAUCUCUUUACUGUUAUUUAUUUUACUCCGUAUUUUACAGAACAAAGCUAUUGAGCUAUUUUGCAACGAAAUUGCUCGUCUUUGUCAUCCAGAAAAGCGAAAAGAUUUUGUCUCGGAAUCAUACCUCUUAACCCUGGGAAAAUUCCUCAACAUGUUGGUGGUGCUGGACGAAUUGAAGAAUAUGAAGGCGUCAAUAAAGAAUGACAUGAGCACAUUUAAACGAGCAACACAAGCGUUACAAGGGAUGGAGAUGAUGUCAUACCAAAAAGUGCACGAUUUGAGUUUGUUCUUGGCCAUGCAGCAUCGGAUUAAGGAGAGCUUGAAGGAACGACUGGUUCAGGUAUGGUUUUUUGAUAUUUGGUGAUAGAUUUUGAAAGUUCUUUAUUUUUGAUUGGUUUGGCAUGACUACUCAUUAAAUUUGGUGUAAUAUGAGAAAGCUAAAAGUUUUGUCGUCAAUUUACAUGCGUUUGUACGGAAAAAACGACAGGACAUUUGUACCAUAACAGAAGCAAAUUUUAAUUUUCUUUUCAGAUUGAGGGCUACGAAGAAGUGCUGGCUGAUGUAGUGAAUAUCUGUUCGUUCUUUUUCGAACACCAAAUCUUUGUUGUACCUGAUGAGAAGCACAUGUUUGUCAAAGUCAUUGCCAUAAGCUUGUUUUUGAUCGACGGCGCUGGGGACAAUGUGAAGAAGUUGGAUCAUGCCAAACGAAUUAGUAUUCAGAAGCUGGAUAAGUUACUGAAGGUACUGUAUUUUGGGAUUUUUUUGAAAUUAAAAAAUUUUAAAUUUUGAUUUUUUUACGUUAAGAACCUUGUUUCAGACCCUGGAAGUUGUGCCAUUGUUUGGAGAUAUGCAAAUUCAACCCUUUUCUUUUGUGAAACGGUCCCAGUUCUACAACGCUUCGAAAUGGCCGUUGUGUAACACCUUAUCAAGUGCAUGCCACGUAAACUUACUGGAGAAGGUAAAAACUACUAGGAAACAUCACGAUGAAUUCAUGACUCAUUUGGCCAAAAUCAAAAAUGAUGUGAGUUUUUUUUUUGAAAUGGGGCAGGGUUUUUGAGGCUUUUUUGAAAAUUUAGCUAACAAAAAUUGGCGUUGGGCUGUAUUUUAGGUUUUCAGGAGGUUUUUUGAAUUUUAUUUGGCGCUGUUUUUUGAGUUUGAUGUGAUGUUUUUUUAGUAUUUUAGGCAACAAAAUCUUUCUUAUGACUAGCGCAGUAAAAAUAUAAAUAGAAACAAAAUCAUAAUAUAAUAUUGUUUUAGUUGACUAUAGUAGAUCCAGACCAGCCAAGAACAGACGAAGGAAACAAGGAAAUCACUGAUCUUUGUCUCAACGGCCUUAGGCUACUGUGUGAUUGGACAUCAACGGUAAUCGAAGUAGUGUCAUGGAAACUUGACAAUCCAGCCAAACCAGAAACUAAUGAAAAUUGUCCUCCGGAAGCGGCGAGCUACGCCAAAGCUACAACCUACAAUUACUCGCUGGAAGAGAAGGCGGCUGUGGUGGAGAUGAUUGCCAUGAUAAAGGGUAUGUGUAUUACUAGAUACCGAAUUUGUAGUUUGGGUUAAAAAAGUCUUGGAGUUGUUUUAUUAAGGGAUUAUUGUGGUGAAAAACGGCAAGACUUUAUUUUGGUUUUAAAGUUUUUUUUAAAUUUAAAUUAUAUUGUUAUAGGCGUUCAAAUGCAGUUAGGACGCCUAGAAUCGGCCGCCUCAACCUCAAUCCGAAAGCACAUUUACGCCGAGCUACAAGACUUUGUUCAAGUCACGCUGCGAGAGCCGCUACACAAAGCUGUGAAGCAUAAGAAGGACAUGGUAGCCACAAUAAUCAAUUCCAUCAUUGACACAUGUGGUGAUGCCUCAAACUUGACUAUGUCAAAGUCAAUGGAAUUCGGAAAAAAGAAAACCAAAAAGGAACAAAGUCAAAGCACGAUCGAUUUGAGCACGAAAAGGAGACGGGAGGUGCCUCCGAGUAGUACACAGGUGGGUUACUUUUAGGUUGGGGGGGGGGCUACAUUUUUUUGUGAAAAAAUAGAAAUUUAACGAAAGCUACUGCUUUUUGGUACUUUUCCAAAAAAAAAUUUUUUCUGAGGGCGGGGUAAUUUUUUUUCCAAAUAUUAAGGGGGGGGUUGAAAAAAAUUAAAAAUUUUUUUUUGAAAAUUGCUGAAAAUAAAAAAAAAUGUUUUUUUGAUAAAUUUGUUUUAGCUCUACCUCACAAGAACAAUGCUAGAAAGCCUAGUAUCCGAAAAAUCAGGCGGCCGAAAGCUUCGAAAGGACAUUGACAAUAAACACGUGGAGAAGAUGCUUCAAUUCCUUCGCCAAUCCUACUACUGGUCGGCUCUACUCGAGUAUUCGGCUACAAUGGAGAAGUGUUGUGAUAUGAGUCAGUUCUGGUUCCGCGAGUUCUAUUUGGAAAUGUCAAUGGGUGAACAAAUCCAGUUCCCAAUUGAAAUGUCGAUCCCAUGGAUCUUGACUGACCAUAUCUUAACGACACAAGACCCAUCGUUGAUGGAAUGUCUACUAUAUCAAUUGGAUUUGUACAACGAUGCUGCUAAUUACUCGUUGAAGAUGUUUAGAAAACAACAUUUGUACGAUGAAGUGGAAGCAGAAGUCAACUUGUGCUUUGAUCAGUUCGUGUUCAAGUUGUCCGAGGCGGUGUUUCAACAUUACAAACAGUUGGCUGCGACGUAAGUGUUAAGAAGAUGUCUUCAGUUGCUCUUACCUACCCUUAUCCUUCUCUUUCAUCCUCAUCUGUACCUUUAUUCUUACUUUGACUCUUACUUUUACCUUCAUUUUUACUCUUAUACCUAUCUAUAACACUCUUUGAGCAUAUUUCUUUUUCUUUAAAUUGCCAUUUCAGUAUGCUACUAGACAAAGGCUUCAAAUCCGACUGCACCAGACUAGGCAUUGCCGUUCGAACUCCAUUGACAGCUCGAUACGAAACUCUUUUAAAGCAACGUCAUGUACAACUACUGGGUCGUUCAAUCGACCUGAAUCGCCUUAUUUCACAGCGAAUCAAUGUUGCCAUAGCCAGAAGCUUGGACGUUUCAAUAUCGAGAUUCGAAUCCGAAGGACUAUGGUACAUUGUGGCACUGGAUGCGAUGAUCGAAACCAACCGACUAUGUCAUCGAUUACUCAGUGAACAUCUACAUUCUCUGAACGCAUUUGAAGAUAUGUUAACGGAGGCUAAUCAUCAAGUCAAUUCAACGAAUGGAAGAACGACUUUGCAUAUUUUUAAUGAAUUGACUGGAGAUUUGAUACCUAAUUUUACUUACAAUGCUUUCACUCAGCGGUUUGUUAAGGGGAGGGUAAGUUCUAAUAUUAUAUGGUUAGGGUUGAUUAUAGCGCUUUUUUGAUAAGGCAGGUUAAGUUACAGUAUUGUGUUUUGUUAGAGUAGGUUGGGUUUUAGAAAUUUUUGAGGUAGGGCAGGGUAGGGUAUGUUUUAUAAAAAAAUAAGCUCUUUUUCAGCAAAUCAUCUUCAAAAACGAGCCUCGUCGUGACAGAGCCCCGGCAGUACCGCCUGUCUUCGAAUUCGGUUCCAAAUCUCUAAACGCAGCAUUUGCCAAUAACUGUGCAAUGCAUAAAGAUUACAUUGGUCAACUCCACUUCACCACCAUGGCCAAACUCAUGGGAUACCAAGGCAUAGCCACGGUAAUCGAUGAACUUCUCCAUGUGGCGCGAAAGAUUCUGGACGAACAAAUUAAACCUCAUGUCAGAGUGUUGUACAGUCUAAGCCCAAAGUCGCAUAAACUACCCAGAUACGACUAUGGUGCAGAAGCCGUACUACAGUACUAUCUUCAGCCGGCCAGGCCACUGGUUAGCUACGAACCAUUGAAAAAAGAGUUUGGUCAAGGGUUAAGAGAGUUUGGCAACUUGUUGGCCUUUUGUAAUCAAUUGGAGAGUGGACUGGGCAGGGAAGACAUGUUCGACUUGUUUAUGAGCGCACCUUUUACUAGUAACAUCCCGAAACCACCAUGUAAAUGUAAGUAUUGGGGUUUAUUUUGUAUUUUUUAUAGCCUUGGGUAUGUAUCUUACUCUAAGUUACUAUAUCCUAUUUUUGUCAUAAAUUGCUUUCUCGGGGCUAAUGUAGUUCAGCCCCCCCCACGAUACUUCAACCCCCCCCAGUGUUUAGAACAGCCCCCCAAACGGGUAGCUGGCCUAAACGGUCUUAUGCAACGUCCAAAAGGUCGAAUUCUGACGAAGUGGCUGGAAUCGGUGGCAGGGUCGCGCGGCCGGACCUAUUAUAGGAGGCGGAACGCGACCUGCGUUGCAUGGCGGGGCAGAAUGAAGGUUUUGGCAAAAUCAACCGGCUUUUAUAGGUUUCGCAUGCGUGAGAAAUUGAAAGUUCACAAAAAGUGAAAUUUGCAUAAAUUACAACUAAAAAAGUGCACUUUUAAUUUUAUUUUCUAUUUACAACAACUACCCAACUGUUAACAUCAACCCCCCAACUGUUAACAUCAGCCCCCCAACUGUUAACAUUAGCCCCCCAACUGUUAACAUCAACCCCCUCAUAACAUUAGCCUCCCAACUGUUAACAUCAGCCCCCCAACUGUUAACAUCAGCCCCCCAACUGUUAACAUCAGCCCCCCCCAUAACAUUAGCCUCCCAACUGUUAACAUCAGCCCCGCAACUGUUAACAUCAGCCCCCCCAUAACAUUAGCCUCCCAACUGUUAACAUCAGCCCCCCAAAAUAAAAACAACCCGGCAGUAACAACUUCAAAACACAAAAUAAUUUAUUUUCAUUUUUCAUUAUGGGGGCUAAAGUAUCUAUAAUGGUUGGGCUAUACUUCACAAAGCGGGGGGCUGAUCUAAAUAAGCGCCUCUAUUCUAUUCUUCGUUACUCUACUGUACUCUACUUUCCGAUCAAUAACUUAUUAGCUAAUAACACACUUCUAAAUUUUUAAACUUUUAGCCGAAGACGACCUAAAGUUCCGCCUCCUUCAACUCUCCGAACAAGCCAAUCGCCUGAACAUUGCUUCAGCAGUAGAAGUAAAUGGUAAUACAGUCCAAAAGGAACUGGUACCAGAGACAGAGUUGCUGACAAAAGAAAGACUUUGUGGUGGAAUGAACAUUUUUGAACGUGUUCUAACGAAAGUCCGAGAUCUAUUGAACGACGAACUAUUUGUGGGACCUAAAACACCACAGAAUGGGGUAAUGUACGUGGAUGAAAUGGCGGAAUUCCAUAGGUUAUGGUCGAAUGUUCAAAUCGCUCUUCAUGUACUGCAAAUUCAGAAUGCAGCUGAGAAGAAUAAGGAUGUGUUGACGAUUGAGUAGGUCUUUUUUGGGUUUAGAAGGAGUUUUUUUGGGGGGAGGGGGGGGGGCUGUCAUGGGUGUUAGAAAAGUUAGCCUUAUCUUCUUCUCUUACUUCUACCUUUGGCACUACGUCUGCUCAUACUCUUACCCAUAACCCUACCCGUACCCCUACAUCGACCUUCUACCCUUACUCUUACUUCUGCUUUUGCUCUUAUCUUUACUUCUACUCGUAUUCAUACCUAUAUUUCUACUCCACCCCUACUUUUACGUCUACUUUACCUGUACCUUUAACAAUACUUUUAUUUUUCUCCUAUCGCUACUUCUAACCUUACUUCUAUCUUUUUUCCCACCCUGAAUCUUAUCUCUAACUUAAACGUUUCGUACCUUACCCUAUAUUACCCUACUCUUUCCAUAGGUUUUGAAUGCCUUUGAGGCUUUCAACUCUAAUGAUAGGUACCUAUAUUUUUAGUGAAAUCUACGGAGACUCUCUUCACUGGGCAGCAAUGGCAAUAAUCCGAACAUUGAAUCAACACAAACGAUUCGAUGUUAUGGACUUUUCAUACCAUUUGUUACGGGUAUCCAAAGUGGAGGGAUCAAUCCAAAUUCAGAACAAUAAGGACGAGGGUGUGGUAAGUUUUUAACUUUUGCUGAGUUUUUUUAGAUUUUUGUUAGAAAAUUUGAAUUGCGAAAGAAUUAAGGGAUUUCAGGUGAUUUAAAAUUUUUUUGAAGUUUGUUUAGAGAAAUUGUAUCUUUUUUUGAAAAAUUCCAUUUCAGACCCUAUCAGCGAUGGUCGACCGAAUCCGACGCCAACAAACAAUAAACAACUACAUACUAUCCAUCCUGGGAUCCCAUUUAAAUGUGGCGGACGCAGAGUACAAAGUCAGUAAUUUAAAAGAGUUUGAAGUGCCAAAACACCCCCGAGCUGAUGAAAUCCGAAAACUCUUGCCUUUGGCUAAAGGGCCGAAUCGGAAUAUCACUGGCAGUGUCAAUACGUCUUCUAUCAACAUUUAUGGACAUUGA